UAAGUGAUCUUCAGACACAGAGCGAGUCUUCGAUGGCAAGGCAAAACAUUGCCUGUCUGACUAAGUCCUUACCACUCAUGCAUUGCUCCACAUCAUAGAACAUAAGAGGAUACAUAAAGUUUGUGCAAUGAGUAUUAAACAUGUAUACGCUACACGUAAAUGACAGGAAAAAAAAACUAACAACACAUUAUUGAUGCACCGACGCCUGCCAAAACUUGUUCCCCACGGUCACCAGCUCUACGUAUAACAAAAAUGAAGCAUAAUUUUGACACUUGCGGACAUUCGACCGAUACUGCGCACAUACGUAGCCACGGAGGAAGGAAAGUGUACGUAGCAGAAGCAAGAGCAAAAAUGCGCGAAAGGCCAAAAGCUAAAGCAGACGCGAGAGUCGCCCCAGUUUCGCACGCAAGCGUAAUAUUCUUCGUUAUACGUUUAAAGCGUAUUCGCUUGUAAUAAACUUGUAUUGUGAAGCCCAUAGUUUGUCUAACGCAGCGCAGCGCGUCUCUAUGAAUGUUGCGUUCGUUCCAGCAGCGGUUUCUGUCCACCCAAAUGUGUUCCCUGGUUUUCUUAGUUUCGUUAGGCGCGUAGUGGCUCGCGCUGCCAUCAACACUGUGACGAGGCCUAGUAACAGUAAUGCAAGUGUAGCACUUGUAUUUCGGACCGAAUUUAUACGCUGUGGUGAAGUGCUGCACGACUGAAAUGCUCAGGUUUGACCCUCCCCUGAGCAACGCCUGACGAAGAAGCCGAGAAAUGCUGACGAGAUGAACUACUGUCGGGACUUUCACGUGCUCUUCACCAGUGUACCAGUGUGUAGCGCAUUCGUAGAUCAUAAUGGCGCCAAACCGUGGCUCAUCUUCGUCUGGUGAACAAACAAUGUGACCGCCCUCGCCCCUGGACUGAACGCGCGCUACACUUGUUUGUAGUGAUCAUGAACGUUAACCUCUAAUCCGAAACACGGGGGUCGACAACGACGCUGCAGUUUUGGCGGGUAGCGGCGGUGGCGGCGCCGAAGAAAAAAGCCGCCAACGCUCACGCCGCGCUGCAACAACAAUGUCGUCCGGAGCCAAGCAGAAGCGUUCGUCGAUUGACGCUGCUGGAAGCAGCUGUACAGCAACGACAAAUGGAAGCAAAAGAUUGAGGAGGACAAGCGCCUGUGAGGAUGAGGACAGCCGGCUGUCUUCAUCCAAGGCCAAGCUGCCACCAUUGCCUUUGCCACCCAUGUCAAAAAUCUACAACAGCUCUUACCGGAGCAACAAACCUGCAGAGCUCUUCCGGAAGGAUCUCAUCAGUGCCAUGAAGCUGCCUGACAGUGAGCCACUAGAUGCAGAGGACUAUUGGUUCAUAUCGGACGGAUGGAAGCAAGAGUGGGAACGAGGAGUGCAGGUGCCAGUUAACCCUGGACAUUUGCCCGAACCCACAGUGAAAGUCAUCAAGAAAAAGAGCAAAUCAAAUGACUUUAAGCUACCUCCAAACAAGUAUCUCCGGUUGUCGCACGACGAGUUCUUUUCCAACGACCUCCAUGUCCUGACCAACGUCAGUGCUUUGGCAGAGAAGACCUGCCGCUACGACCUGGACUGCUUAGAUCAGCAUUGGUUGCGGAUCUUCAACGAGGAGCGCAAGUCUCUUGGCCUGGAACCUUUGCCUGAGCUUGCGAUGGAGAUGAUCUUGGAAGACUUUGAGACUCAGUGCUAUGACAAGCUUCAGAGAGAGAUCCGAACAGAACAAGGGUUGGGCAUUGAGUAUGACGAAGAUGUGGUCUGUGAUGUCUGCCGUUCGCCGGACUCGGAGGAGGGCAACGAAAUGGUUUUCUGCGACCAGUGUGACCUGUGUGUGCAUCAGGCCUGCUACGGCAUCCAGCGGAUCCCGGAAGGGUCGUGGGUGUGCCGGACCUGUGCCCUGGGCAUAAGACCUCCCUGCAUGCUGUGCCCCACCCGAGGUGGUGCCAUGAAGAGCACACGGAGCGGCCAGAAAUGGGCUCAUGUGAGCUGUGCGCUGUGGAUCCCAGAAGUUAGCAUUGGCUGUGUUGAAAAGAUGGAGCCCAUCAUGAAAAUAUCUCAGAUCCCGCCUAGUCGUUGGGCCUUGACCUGUUGCCUUUGUCGAGAGCGGAUUGGCGCCUGCAUUCAGUGUUCCGUGAAGGCUUGCAAGCGGGCUUACCACGUCACCUGUGCAUUUGAGAACGGCCUUGAUAUGAAACCCAUCAUUGAUGACAACACUGUUGACGAGGUUAAGCUCAAGUCGUUCUGCCCCAAGCACAGCAAGAAGAAGGAGGUGCACCGAAAGGAGGCGUCGUCGGAUGACUCGGACAAGAAGGCAAGCUCUGUAUCCCGGGAGGGCCACCACCAACGCGAUACUGAUGCCACCAACGAGGAAAAAGAGUCUGCCCGACUGGCCAAGAUUCAGGCUAUUGAAGCCGAAUUCUACAAGCACGUGAGCAUGAAGGAGACAGCAGAAGCCAUGUCAACAGACCCUGUGAUCGUUGACUUUGUCUUCAACUAUUGGAAAUUGAAGCGCAAGGCAAACCACGACAAGCCUUUACUGACACCAUUGAAGGAAGAGACAGAUGGCUUGGAUAAGCUAGGAGAGAACAACCUUUACUCGCGCGUCAAAAUGUUCGUCCAUCUGCGACAGGACCUGGAAAGGGUGCGGAACCUUUGCUACAUGGUGUCGAGGCGAGAAAAGAUAGCCAAGUCUUUGCUCAAGACACGAGAGGAAAUAUUUGAGCAGCAGGUAGCGAUGCUUAAACCAGGAGGACCCAAGAUGAGCGAGCGUGAGCGGGAAGCUGUCAUUCUGGCUGGCCAGAGCGAACACGUUUACGACCGGCUGGUGUCUCCAGACCCGUCGGGCCCCAAGCCGUGCCUGCGACUUCUGCUGGACGCUCUUGAAGGCCGAGAGGUACCGAACCUUUAUGGCCUGAUAAAGAAACCACCUAGCACGCCAACUAGGCUCCCGAACCCUUACGCCAAACAGUAUGUCAAUGGACUUCGGUCACGGAGACUGUCUAUGAUGGGUGGGGCUGGGGAGUCCGAAGGCUGUGUUGCCCAAGACGAAGACAGCCAAGGCACUGCUGAUUCUGCAACAACUGUUUCAGGCAAGGGGGGUGUUGCUGCUGAUCAGUCGGUGAGAACAGGUUAUGUUGCAGCAGCUGCGCUAGAAACACUCUCUGAGGAACAGCUUGACGCUAGUGAAGAAGGUGACCAGACAGCAAAUGGAGAGAAGAAAUUAAACAAAGAUGUUGCAGAGAUACAGGUGAGGGCUAGUAGAAGUCAUAGGCUGGGAAGUGUGGAAGGCUCCCCCUGUACUUUGUCCAAGAGUGAAAUUGGAAAUGAGGAUCUCCGCGACACUGAAAGCAGAAUGUCCACUCGAAGCCGAAAUGCCGAUGCAUUGAAUGAAAUUAGUGACAUCGAAAGCAGGAUCUCCGUUCGAAGUCGCAAUUUCAGCACUGUGAAUGAAAAUAGCAAUACUGAAGGCAAGAUAUCCACUCGAAGCCAACAUGCUGAUACCCUGAAUGAAAUGAAUGACAUUGAAGGCCAUGUAUCGACACGGAGCCAAACUGCUGAAAGUGUAACUCAAAAUAGCGACAUUGAAGGCAAGCCCACACAUAGCCGAAAAGCUGAUACUGUGAUUGAAAUGAGCGACACGGAAAGCAGAACAUCCACUCAAAGCCGUAAUGUCGAAAGUGCGAAUGAAAUUAGCGACACCGAAGGCAGAAUGUCCACUCAAAGCCGAAAUGCCGACGCACUGAAUGAAAUUAGUGACACCGAAAGCAGGAUCUCCAUUCGAAGCCGCAAUUUCAGCACUGUGAAUGAAAAUAGCAAUACUGAAGGCAAGAUGUCCACUCGAAGCCGACAUGCUGAUACCCUGAAUGAAAUGAAUGACGUUGAGGGCCGUGUAUCUACACGGAGCCAAACUGCUGAAAGUGUAACUCAAAAUAGCGACAUUGAAGGCAAGCCCGCACAUAGCCGAAAUGCUGAUACUGUGAAUGAAAUGAGCGACACGGAGGGAAGAAUAUCCACUCGAAGCCGUAAUGUCGAGAGUGCAAAUGAAAUUAGCGACACCGAAGGCAGAAUGUUCACUCGAAGCCGAAAUGCUGAUGCAUUGAAUGAAAUUAGUGACACCGAAAGCAGGAUCCCCGUUCGAAACCGCAACUUCAGCACUGUGAAUGAAAAUAGCAAAUCUGAAGGCAAGAUGUCCACUCGAAGCCGACAUGCUGAUACCCUGAAUGAAAUGAAUGAUAUUGAAGGCCGUGUAUGUACACGAAGCCAAACUGCUGAAACUGUAACCGAAAAGAGCGUCAUUGAAAGCAAGCCCACACGUAGCCGAAAUGCUGAUAGUGUGAAUGAAACGAGCGACACGGAAGGCAGAAUAUCCACUCGAAGCCGUAAUGUCGAGAGUGCGAAUGAAAUUAGCGACACCGAAGGCAGAAUCUCCACUCGAAGCCGAAAUGCUGAUGCAUUGAAUGAAAUUAGUGACACCGAAAGCAGGAUCCCCGUUCGAAGCCGCAAUUUCAGCACUGUAAAGGAAAAUAGCAAUACUGAAGGCAAGAUGUCCACUCGAAGCCGACAUGCUGAUACCCUGAAUGAAAUGAAUGAUAUUGAAGGCCGUGUAUGUACACGAAGCCAAACUGCUGAAACUGUAACCGAAAAGAGCGUCAUUGAAGGCAAGCCCACACGUAGCCGAAAUGCUGAUAGUGUGAAUGAAACGAGCGACACGGAGGGCAAAAUAUCCACUCGAAGCCGUAAUGUCGAGAGUGCGAAUGAAAUUAGUGGCACCGAAGGCAGAAUAUUCACUCGGAGUCGAAAUGCUAAUACUGUGAAUGAAAUUAGCGAUGCUGAAGAAAGGAAGUCCACUAGAAGCAGAACUGCUGAGUUAUUGGAUGAAAUUACUGACAUUGAAGUUAGAGUCUCCACAUGUAGCCAAAACACUGACACUGUAAAUGAAAGUAGCGACAGCGAAGGCAGGAUAUCUACACGAAGCCGACAUGCUGGAAGUGUGAAUGAAGUUAGUGACGCUGAAGGCAGGAUGUCCACCCAUAGCCGAAAUGCUGAUAGCGGGAAUGAAAUUAGUGACGCUGAAUGCAGCAUGUCUACUCAAAGUCAGAAUGCUGAUACUGUGAAUGAAGUCAGUGACACUGAAAGCUGCAUGCUCACUCGAAGCCGAAAUGCUGAUAGUGGAAAUGAAAUCAGCGAUACUGAAUGCAGAUUGCCCACUCGGAGCCGAAAUGUUGAAAAUCGGAAUGAAAUUGGUGAAACUGAAGGCAGGAUGGCUACUCGAAGCCGCAACACUGACAGUGUGAACGAACUAAAAAGGGAGGACCUCAGUGACACAGAGAGUAGGAUGUCCACUCGAAACCGAAAUGUUGAUACAGUAAUAAAUUCCAUCAAGGAAGAGAAGAGGGCAGACGGUCCUAUUGAGGUUGAGUACAAGGUACAAAGGAGAAGCCGAAGGCUCGGGUCUGUCGAUUCUGUGAGAAGCACAACAAAAGGUGAAACUAGAAAAGAAGACAUUGGCAUUGCAAAUAACAGGACUCCAACGCGAAGCCGGUGGCCCGAAACAAAUCAAUCCGUUAGGAGUCAUUCUUCAGUUGAAAAUAAGAAUGAGACCUCUGAUGUAGGGAAUAGGACACCGACUCGCUGUAGAAAGCCUGAAACUAGUGACAGUGUGCCGAAAGGUUCACCUCGAGGUGACAUUAAGGAAAACGAACAAGGAGAGGCAGGAAGCAAGACUCAAACAAGAAGCCGACGAUGCGAGAUGUCAGAUGAUGGCUUACGUAGCUUAUUGAAAAGUGAAAUGCAUCAAACGAGACCGGUGAAGUCAGAAUGCAAAGUGUCACACCAAAGUCGAAAACAUGAGCAGAAAGCACCUCUCUUACGAAGUGAAGCCAAGAGUGAAGAGUCAGAUGUAGGGAGCAGAAGUUCAAGUAGAAGUCGAAGAUGUGAUGCGAAACUUGAGCAGGACCAAGAUGUACUCAAAGCAUCUAAGACACCGAAGGGUGAAGCUGAUGAAAUCAGGAAAGGAGAAUGCAAGCCUUCCAUGCGAAGCCGUCGGCCGGGAGUCAGAAAUGAGGCGGCUGAUGGUGGUACAAGAAGUGCUUCCAGGCAAGAGGCAAAAAAAAGUGAUACUUCAGAAGAAGAUUGCAGAGUGAGCCUGCGAUGUAGGCGUACUGAUGUGCUCGUUCAAGGUAGUGGCGACCUUUCAAAAGUUGUGCUGAGACAAGAGGCUAAAAAGGAUGAUAAGAUAGAGCAGGCAAACAGGAAGUUUGGCCGCACUGCUCGACUUUCUGAGGCAAGGAUUGAGCUAGUGCCAUGUGACAUGAGGGAGUUCUUGAAAAGUCCGACGGAUGAGGUUGAAACAAAAAGCGGCAGCAGAAGUCAGCGGUUGAGGAAACAGACGACGACUACCCCCAAUGAAGAGGAUCCGCAGCCGCCCACCUUGGCCUCCCUCUGGGAAUUUCCUGAAGAACUUAACGACAUGGGACGCUGCACACGCAGCAGCACCAUGCAGAAGCAGGAGGACACUCGGGGUUUUGAGGAAGCAAGUUCACGCGAGACUGCCGGAAACACGGCCACUGCAGCCAGCAACUAUGGAAAACACACAUCAGACGAAAACGUGCCCAAGAGGCCCGAUCGUCGGGAGAGACGUGUCAGCGUGGCAUGCAGCGUGCUGCUUCCCGAGGCCCUAUCGCCGCCUCGUGCGUCGUCGCUGAGUGGCUACAGGAUUCCGAAGAAGGCCAAGGCCCCCAAUGGGUUGCUGGAGGACCGGCGUGGAAGCUCUCCAGUGUCGCCUCUGCACGAGGUGCCUAGCCACUGCUACACGGGCAGUGAUGGCUACACUAGAGGGCGAUCGCACGUGGUCAAUGUUAGGCGGCCCGUGCUGGGACACCACUGCGAGGGCAGGGGGGGAGCAUACGUGGAACGAUGGAAGCAGGACUUGGGCUUUGGUAUUCCCACGGGCAACUCGGUGGUACCCGAUUGGACAAGCAAGUUGGAGGUGAAGGAGAAUGGGAGCCGUUACCCAAUGCGGUAUCGGCCCAGAUUUGGUGGCAAGGACAGUUAGCCUCUUCUUCAUGUAACCUGCAGAUUGCACAUGUAUGAUAACAUUGUCAUAUAAUGUACAUACUCAUUGCUCAUAUGUUGUUACUUUUCUGCAUUCCGCCUUCAACUCCACGUUGCUUUUUUUUUUUUUCAACUCUGUAGUGAACGUUCAAAGUGCUGACAAGGGGCUGUGCUCCAGUUCGCCUUUCAUUUUUCCACCACUUUUUUCUUAAACCCUACUUUGCUUUAACCAUAUAAAGAAAGGGAGUGCAAAUUAACACUAUGCCCGCAGAAAGCCUCCGAUUCCUUAAAUGAAAAUGUAUUUUUGCAACGACACCUGAUUGGUACUGCUCAGAUUUGGCAGCUUUGCAGUGUCAAAAUACUAUUACUGUACAGUUGAAACUGCACUGAAUUUUAGCAUUUGUAAAUAUGCCAAGUGUACAGUGUUCUAGUGUUGUUUAAAAAUAAACUGGGCUCUUUUACUCCUUUGUAGGGAGCAAUGAGCUUUGGUUCAUGACUUGUCA